AUGGAUUUUGGUGAAUUAGAUCUUACAUUUUAUCAAGAUUGUAUUGACUUUGACAUGAAAAGUGAUUAUGAACGUGUAUUAUCCAACACCAGUUUUAACUAUGAAGAAAAUUCGCUGUCAUUCAGUGAAGAUACUGUAAUGUCUAUGAUGAAUCCGCUCAAUAAUACUGAUUUAUGGCUCAAUUCUGAGUCAACUCAUCAUUUAGACUUCAUUGAAGGUGAUUUAGAAUCGGCCAUUAUGGUCAAUCCUAAUUCAGUGAUACCAUUAUCAGCAGAAACAGUAGAAAAGAAAAUUAUAGAUGAAAAAGCACAGAGUCCACUGAGAAACAUUCUGCCUUCAAUUACUAAUAAAAAUGAGUCCAAAAAAGAAGAAAUUUCAUUAGCAGAUUCUCCCAGGGUUAAUUUCAUGAUAAAAUACCCUGAACUCAUUGCAGAGCAUGUAAGUCUAAAGCCAGACCAGUUAGAACAUAAAGUCGAUGAUAUAAAAUCUGCCCCAAAAGCAAUACGACUAUCUGAUUUGUUGCACCAAACAUCAAGUGUUGGACAUAAGAAAACAGAAUUGAUGACCGUACGUGUUACAAUGCCAUCGUCUUUGCCAACACUAAAGACUACUGUGACUUCAAGAACAGUUCCCGUAUCAUUUGUUAACAAUUCAAUUACUGGACAUUACAAAAUUGUUAGACCAAAGCAACAUAUAAAACCAAUACAAUCUAGGAUCGAUGUUAGUAAAGAUGAUGAGUUGGAAAACCUAUACCCAAGACCUACUUAUUCCUAUUCAUGCUUAAUUGCUAUGGCAUUGAAAAAUUCAAGUACUGGAUCUUUGCCAGUUUCAGAAAUUUAUAAUUUCAUGUGGUAAGUCAAACCAGCGCAUUCAAAUUGUGUUCAUAAAUGAUAUUUUGUCAGAAUUUGUCCACAAUUUUCUUAGGAUAUCUGAGUUGCGUCUGCAUUGAUAGGUGAUAUGUGCAUAUUUUUCUCACCACUUUUACAGACUGAAGACAUACAUAAAGUGGUUAAAAAUAUAUAUUAGGUAUUAUUAAUUAUUUGUUGAUCUCUAAAGUUGUAUUUAUUAAAAAUUAAUUUAAAACAAUUUUAUGUCAUACCUUUGUGAAUAUUGUUAUAUAUGAACACCAUGAUGUCAGUUAUUAUUUUUAUUUUAUAAAACUGGUAUAUUUUUUUUCAAACUAACUCAUAUUACUUUUAAUAAAAUCUUCGUUUGCUUGUUAAUUUUGACUUUGUAUUUUAAUAUAUAUAUAUAUAUCAGUUUGAACAUUUUUAACAUGAACAAAAUUAAUUUACAACAUUAAAUUAUAAGGUGAUAUUUACCAACCAAUAAUAAGGUAUCGAUAAUCGACGGAUAAAUAUUAACGAAUUUAUCAUAUAUUUAAAAAUAGAGUAACAAUAAUUAUUUUUUGGGACACAGCUCGGUUGUCGCAAAGUAUAUUUUUAUUUUUAGUGACACCAUCCUAUACAACCAGUCAAACAUGAUAUAUAAGACUUCAUUUAUUUUAAUUAAUACCAUAUUACUAUUUGGUUAAUGUGUUCAUUAUUUUUAGCAAACAUUUUCCAUAUUUCAAGACUGCCAGUAGUGGAUGGAAAAAUUCUGUCCGCCACAACCUAAGUUUAAAUAAAUGUUUUGAAAAGAUUGAAAAACCUACAGGUAGCACGGGUGCACCAAGAAAAGGUUGUUUGUGGACAAUGAAUCCUAGUAAAAGAUCAAAAAUGGAUGAUGAGUUGCAAAAAUGGUCGCGUAAAGAUCCUUUAGCAAUUAAACGGUCAAUGCUUAAUCCAGGUACUGAUUAUUAUUUAUGAACACAGUGUGUCCCACUGUAUCAAUCAAACGAUUUUUUGAGCGUUGUUAAUAUUAAAAAAAUUUCAAUUGAUUUAUCUUAGCGGGGGUAAUCGAUUUGGAAAAAAAUUAAAUUUUUAUUUGUUCACUUCAGAAAAUUUUAAAAAUACAUUUUUUGUUAAAAAUUUGAUAUAUCACACACCCAUAUCCAAUUAAUAAUUUCUUAGUUUUUACGCCUAUUUUCUAGAAAUUAAAUAAAACUCAUAUAAAUAAGAGACUAUUGAUCAAAUAUGAAUAUAUGAUACAUUCAAAUUUUAAGAAUAAUAUUUUCUACAAAAUGGCUAUUUUGAAAAUCUUCCUAAGUGAUGAAUAAAUAUAAAAUUAUUACUUUUAUUUUUUAUUAUCAUUAUUUUAUGUUAAUGGAAAAAAAAUAAAAAUUUAAUUUCUUGCCAAAUCAAUAUACCUCUUGAAGACAAACCGAUUAAUAAAAAAAAAAACAUUUAAUUUUAACAGCGCUUGAAAAAUCCGUCAAACAUCAUGGUGGGCACAAGGAACACUAUAUAAGAAAAUAUCGACAAUUAAAUUUCUAAUGUUUUUUAAUGCAAAACAUUUAUAUAGAAAAUAUGAACGCCUUAGAACGUGGUGAGAUGAAUGAGUCUUAUGACCGUCGUGAAUGCUAUUAUUUUGAUGAUGAAGAAGAGGAAGAAAUAAUUACUCCAGAAAUGACAUCAGAAGAAGAAGACAGAAUGAGUGAUAUUGAAGAAGAAUCUGAAAAUGAUUCAAAAAUUGAUAAGGAUGAUGAUUCACCAUACCAAUUAAUAACAUUUGGCUUAGAUGAUUUAGCUAAUAUAAAUGAUGUAAGUUGUGAAAUUACAUAAUUAUUGUUCCAGUUUUUAUAGUCUAACAAUAUUCAAUUAAUAUUUUAGAUCGAUGAAGAAGAAGAAAUUGAAGAAAGUUCAAAUGACGACAGCUUUGGCAUUAAAGCAUCAGAGUACAAGACUAAUUUUGAUGAUCUAAUUUCUGUUCAAGAUUCGGCUACAACAUAUGUGGUCCAGCCACCAAAUAAGACUAUAAUUAAUAAUAAACGGCCGUAUCAACAACCUAUGUUUAAGGGUAGUUACGUAUUGUCUAAAAAUAUUACAUCAAGUGUACCUAACCCAAAGCGUAAAUUUAUCAGCAGGCCUGUUUCAAUAUUAAGAAACUAUUAA